CUGUGCAGUAAGAGGUAACCUGGCGAGUGGUAGCGGCGUUUCUCGGUGCUGUGGCUCACGCUUUGGUUCUAGAGGCCGAGAGUGUCCUGGCGACCACAACCUCUGCAGCGACGGCUGAGGCUCUCGGAAGAGCGGCGGAGUACGAUCUGGAAGAGGGGCUUCUGGUCAGCCCAGGUUCUAUCAUAAUGAAUGGAUCCAGUGUGGCGAAUACAUCACCCAGUGUAAAAUCCAAAGAGGACCAAGGGUUAAAUGGGCAUGAUGAGAAGGAAAACCCGUUUGCAGAGUAUAUGUGGAUGGAGAAUGAAGAAGAUUUCAACAGACAGGUCGAGGAGGAGCUGCAGGAGCAAGACUUUUUGGACCGCUGCUUCCAAGAGAUGCUGGAUGAGGAAGACCAAGACUGGUUUAUUCCAUCACGAGACCUGCCUCAGGCCAUGGGACAGUUGCAACAACAGUUAAAUGGACUGUCUGUCAGUGAUGGUCAUGAUUCUGAAGACAUCUUGAGCAAAAGUAACCUGAACCCGGAUGCCAAGGAAUUUAUUCCAGGAGUGAAGUACUAAGCUGACAGAAAAGCUCUGAGGAGGACUUGUAUGUCCCCAGAUCUGGGGACAGUGCUGCACAAAAUGGCAGAGCUAAAGAGGGGGUGGGGCGGGCGAGGGAUGCACAGAGGGGAAGGGGAAUAGCGGGUUAACUUGACACUGUGAUUGGAGUAACUAAUGUGUUCAGUCUUACUCUACAAGCCUCUGAGUAUUUCCCUUUUGUUCUACUGACUUUCAGUUUGAGCAGUUUCCUAUUAUUAUUAUUAUUAUUAUUAUUAUUAUUAUUAUUAUUAGCUUUUAGGUUUUUGAGUUAAGGAAAUUGCAUCUUGUUUCCCCCCUCCUUCAUCAGGAAUGUUCUGCUGUGAGUGUUUAAACAAAAUAAGCUGACCAAGAAAAUCUAGGUGUUGACAAAUGCCCUUCUCACCCUGCUGUAUACUUACAAGGGCAGUGAACACCUGGAGAAUUACUCAUUGAGUCUGUUAAGCUGGAUGGGAAGAGGGACUAGUGGAAGAAGCAGGUGUUGCAAACCAGAGUACACAGCUCAGCUCCCCCAGCCCCUGGGGGUUUCCUGCGAUGAACUGGGACUACCAGUGGCCUACCCAUGUCUUCCUGCCUUGAACCCCAUUCAGGAAAACACAGACUUACCGUACUGGUUUGUGGUGACUCUUCUGAUGGUUGAUGAAAGUUGUAAAUCAGAAGGGGAGGACUGUGAUGGUUAUUGUCACUUGAGUCAUACAGUUACUGUUAAGGCCUACUCUUAAGCCUCUGUUUACAGAUACCAUCAAACUCAUCUUUUACAAGGUACAAGAGCACUAGGAGGAUUUGCCUUUUUGUCUCUCAUGGUGUCUGGUCCCCUGUCCCUUUCCACCCCGACCCUACUCUGAUUUUAAGAUACUAUUACCAAAGGUGUUUGAGAGGCAUGCUGUGCUGGCCAUCAGCUUCAGCCUGGAGAAGUCAUCCUUGAAUCCUGUUAGUUGUGUCUUAAAUUUAUUUCAGUUUUCCAGCCCCGUGAAGACUUGGUCCUCUUGGUAUCUUAUUUCCCUUAGAAAGGUUUAUGCACUUUUACAAGUAAAUAGGUUUUUCAGGACACUAGCAAAAAGCUCACUUCACAAUUUGGAUGCUUCCUCCGCUUUACAGAAUUAUGCAAUAGAACUCAAAAAAAAAAAAAAAGGCCUAGGAGAGUGAGUCCCACUUGACCCAGGUGACUGUGUGACUCACUGAGAUAGUUUCAGCAGUUAUAAAAUUUUGUCAUUCCCACACGCCCAGCUUUGCAAGUUUUCUAGGUUGGGCUCUCUGGGUACUUUUCUUUUGUCUUUCCUGCCUGUAAGUCUUAGGGGGUUUUCGUUUAUACUCAUAAGGAACUAUACUGGGUGCCAGGAGCUGCCUUUGUGUGAUAGAUAUGUAGGUGGCAGAGUGGGGUCUCAGAGAGCGUGUCCAUUCGUCCAGGAUGAGGACUUGCAGAGGCCUGAGGGCAGUGGCUUCCGUAUGACCGCUGCUGUGUUGUGUGAUAGGCCGAUCAGGAAAAGAUCAUGUAACCUGAAAUAAAGCCUGUGUAAAUUCUGUAUGUGGAUAUGGGACAGAGGUGGGAAGGAAAGGACUCGGGUCUGGAAGACUUAAGAAUUUCACCUUUUUCUUCAUGAAUCCGUUGUUGACUUUAUGAACAGCCACAGCCUAAGAUCAUAUUUAAAAUACAAACCCACAUGUUUUCCUCAUUUGAGUCUGUAGGAUGGCAUUAUUUGAAAAGUGGCCUUCCUUGUUAGGCCACGUGUCAUAUAAGAGUAGCUUAGGGAGCUUGUAUUGCCAGACUUGCACAUUAAUUCUCAAAGCCUCUACCUCAAGAGGAUGGAACUCUGACUCGUUUUCAGGGAGGGCUAUGAGUAAAUAAACUUUAUUUCAGCUUUCAGCUUGGGUUGUUGCCUGUAAUAAAGAGAGGACCUUGAUAGUACAGAAAUCAAGGUCUCUCUUCUCUCCUAGGGCUGCUUUUUUCUCCUUCAGUCUCCAUUAGCUUGUCCAAGCUCCGAAUUCUAGAGCUGUUGGAAAUGUGUUGGGAUUGCAGAAAGAGCCAUUUUCUAGACCGCGGGUGUCCCCAUCACAAAGGGUACAAUGAAUUCUUGUGUGGCUCCCAGUCUGGAAAGUGCUACAGGGAUCUGAAUUGAGCCAUUUCUUCAUCCUGAAGAAGGCUUGCUCUUUUGACACCCAGACAAGCUAAAAUGCUAGGUGCAGUCCAAAGGGCUUGCCUUCCCAUCUGCUGUGGGCUUCCAUUUUGGAUGUCAGUCUUCAGCAUGGUUUCACAAGGCAUAUUUGGUCAGGACUAAGAGAACGUCCUGCCAAAUGAGCAGUGGGACCUGAGAGCUGGACUUUCCAGUCCUGUUCAGACCCAGCGUGUGCUGACUCCAGGAUCAGGAAACAGCUCGCAGAGUGACCCCUUUUCUAAUGUGUAGGCUGAUGCUUCCAAUGGCUCCUCUUGUAGCCCAACUCUUUUCUCCAUCCGUUUCAUGUUGUGAGGUGGGAGCACAGUUGUCACCAGAUCCCAGGCUUAGCUAUAGAGUUUGCCAGCUCCUUGAAAGAAAAUAUAGGUGGUUCUUCUUGGACUUUCACUGGGGAAAGGCUGGGAGCCUAUCUCAAGACUUUUCCUCACAGGAGGGGUUCUGGGUACAAGCCAGGCUGGACACUUUUACCCUUUAAAUGUGAGGCUGAUACUUGUAAGUGAUCACCUUGGUGUGGAAUUUAAGUUGCUAUUCUGUUGAAACUUUUUUUUUUUUUACUGACAACUGGAAAUUUGCAAAUUUGUAUAGAAAUGGAAUAUGUACUUUAACAGUUGCCAAUUCUAGCCAGUCCCGGUGUUAGUUUAUUAGUGAUUGCGUUCUGAUUUUUAUGAUUAGUGGACUCUAAAACUCCAAGAUGAAAUUAUUUUAUUUCUUGCUUUUCAAGGGGAAAAACAUAAAAAUAAAGAAAAUGCCUUUUCAGUUUCUCUAGGCCUAUGCACCUGCAACUAUGGGCCUUUGGGCUAGUUUCUGAUGGCAGCAUCAGAUGACUUUUGGAGAUAAUAUAAGGUCAAACUAAAAAAAGGUUAUCAAGAAAAGGUUGUACCUUUAGUUUCCAAAGUCAAAACAGCUGGGAUCUUUUUAAAUUAAGGUUAUAAUGCUAACUAUGGCUUUAAAAAUGUUUUUAGUGAAAUACUAAGCAUUUUUUCAAAUUGUGUAUUGCUACAGUGUCAGAGUUUUGUCUUGAUUUUGGAGAGGCUGGGAAGUAAGAUCAGUCGAAUACUCUGGCAGUUAUAUGUCAGAGAAGAAAGUCGUGUGAAGAAGUAGCCAAAGGAAAUGGCUUGACGGUUCUUCUUACAUUAGUGCUGCUGCAAAUACCGUGUAGGAACAUCAGGAGCCCAGGAAUCUACCUACUGUGAUUGGAGGGGGCAUGUGUUCUUUGAUAAGGGUCCCAGCAUUACAGGUUAAUAAAGUUUCUUGGUUUAGGUGAUGUUGAGGUAUGGGAACAGACAGAAGAGAGCUGACAUUUGACCAAGAUUUGGAGAUGUCCACCUAUUGGGAAAGACUAUUUUCCCCAGCACUCUCCUCGGGGAUAAUGCAAACCUCAUUAGUUUGGGAGGUGGGUGGGGAGGACAGGAGGGUUGACCCAGAUCUGGUGUGCAUUGGGAGCCCUCAUCUCCUCCUACCUCUGCUCAUGGUUCCCACGUGAAUCAUCUCCCAUCACUGCCACUGGGAGCCUUAGUUCACCUGGUCCCUCCACCCUGUGUAGUUCAGAGUACGUUUUGCAGCCACUGCUGUGCUGCCAUCUGAAUUUCAUCCAUACACUUGGCUAGUCACAAUUUUGAAAGUUUUAUUUUCCCUUUGUUUUUAGUCUUGUCUUUAUUUCUCCCAUCUUGAAGCUGCGAUUGGUGACAAGGGACAGGACAGUAGGAGGCUGACCCAAGGCAAUGCUUGCUCCUUGACCUUCUGCCCCACCCCCUACUGCCGACCUCAGUCACUUUAGUUUUUAGGGGGAUUAUAGCAAUAAGAGGACUGAGUACACUGAUCUCUACAGGGUGUCAGCCAAGAGAUUCACCACCCUACCCUCAGGACGCAGAAGAGAAAUCUACAAAGGAACAGAUGCACCAUUUUUAUUCCAAAAGAAAAAGCCCCCUUAGCUUUUGUUACUAGGAGCCUUUGUUUUUGAGAUUUGCUGAGCUUUCAUCACCAAUUCUGCCUUCUUACUAUCUUUUAUUUUAAAAUAAUGAAAAAUUCUAGGCAAUUUACUGUACAAUAAAUACAGUGUUUUCACUCUGUAACUCAAUGCUAAAUGAUAGCCCUGCCCUGUUGAUUGUGAACCUUCAGAAAUGUUACUGGUUGAUGGGUGCUUUGGGAGGCAGGGACUGUUUUCUUUAAACAACUUUAUUGAGACAUAUUCUACAUGUCAUAAAAUUCACCCAUUUCAAGUGUUUAAUCCAGUGAUAUUAGUAACUUUCUGAUUGGUACAGCCAUAUCCAUAACUCAGUUUUAGAAAAUUUGCAUCUCCCCCCGCCCCCCAUAGGAUCCUUCAUGCCCAUUUGCAUGAUAAUCGCUGGUCCCAGCUCUACAUAACACUAAUCUUUCCAGGUCUGUAAAUUUGCCUUUUCGGGAUGUCAUAUCAGUGAAAUCAUACAAGAUGUAGUCUCUUGCAUCUGGCUUUUGUCACUUAGCAUAUUUUGAGGCUCAUCCAUGACGUAUUACUUAUGUUGGUAAGUUGUUCCUUUUUAUUGCUGAAUAGCAUUCCAUUGACAGAUACACCACAUUUUGUCAGCAAGGAGUUUUUAAACUCCGAUUUCAACCUCCCGUGGUCUAAAGGAACACUCAGAACGUAGGACUCAAGGGGAAGCUGCUGUGCAUGUCUUUUCAGAGCCAGCUUUGUCAUCAGAAGCUCCUAUCAACUGCUGCAGAAAUUUUUACAGUAAUUUUGCAACUUCAU